ACCACAUUGCCGUCGUUAUUUUGACUCGACGCUUUUCGAAGACGGACUGCCCUGUUCCUCACAUCCACGAGAUAAGAGGUUUCUCACUACAGCCGACGCAACCCCGGUAGUUACGAAUACCUGCAACGUCCUGCAAAAAGAGGCCGUCGCGCUUCCAUCAACACCACGAUGAGUUACGGAUAUGGAGCUGGUCAGAACCCCUUUGAUCAACGGGAUCCUCCGCCCUCUAGCGGCUAUGGCGGUCCCCCAAGCUACAGUGCACCAUUUGGUGGUGGAAAUGACUACGGUCCAUAUGGUGGAUCGAACGUCGAGAUGGCACCCCUGGCACAGAACGCUGGUCGUUUUGGGCAGGGCGAUCCCAACGCCAUCCUAAACGAAUGCCGCUCCAUUGACCAGGGCAUCGACGAGGUCGAGCAGAACCUCGGCCAACUACGCAUGCUCCAAGAUCGCGCUCUCGCCGAUGCCGACACCUCAGCUUCCAGUUCCACCAAGCGCCAACUCGAUGCCCUCGGCUCCCAGACCAUGACCAUGUACCGCAGUCUUGUUGAACGCGUACGCACCGUCAAGUCCAACCCGGACGCCCACAGCGCCAAGAACAGCCCGCAGGUCGGCCGCGUCGACCGCCGCCUGAAGCAAGUCAUCCAGCAGUACCAGCAGAUCGAGGCUGGCUUCCGCAAGAAGAACCAGGACCAGAUGGCUCGCCAGUACCGCAUCGUGCGUCCCGACGCCGACGAGAACGAGGUCCGCCAGGCCGUCGAAGACCCCAAUGGCGGCGCCGUCUUCAGCCAGGCUCUCAUGCAGAGCAGUCGCCAGGGCCGCGCUCGCGCCGCCCUCACCGCCGUCCAGGACCGUCACGCCGAGAUUCAGCGCAUCGAACAACAAAUGGUCGAGCUGGCUCAGAUGUUCCAGGACAUGGACACAUUAGUCGUCCAGCAGCAAGCAGCCGUGGCCCAGAUCGAGGCCAAGGGCGAGGAGGUCGCCGAGAACCUGGACAAGGGUAACCAGGAAAUCAGCGUCGCCGUCAAUACCGCAAGGUCCACGCGCAAGAAGAAGUGGUGGUGCCUGGCUAUCUGCGUCCUCAUUCUUGUUAUCAUCGCUGUCGUGGUGGUCGUCUACUUCGUCGUCAACAACAACAACAACAACGGCGGUGGUGGUGGUGGUGGCAACAAUGCAAAGCGCAGCAUCGACCUCGCCGCCCUGCCUAUCGUCGACACCGUUCCAGUGGAUACGGGCAACAUCAUGCCUCAUAUCUUCAAAGACAAGAUGGUACGGCCAGGCCCAGAUUGGCAACCAGGCGCCAAUGCGGCACGCGAUGCCGCCGCCGUGAGAUUUGCCCGCAGGUUGAAUAGGGCGCCCUUGAGGUUUUGAGUCGAGCAAUCACCAAUACUAGACUACAUGGAUGUCAAUCCCAAGCGAAUCCCAUCCAACUACCUACCUACCUAUUCAGCUCGCUGUCCGCUGGUAUACAACGCACCAUCAUUACAUCCUACACUGCUCAUCUCAUCUUUGGGCUCAGCUGGAUUCAAGUCUUUUCGCGGAGGGAAUAUUUUUGACUUGCUCAAGGCGUUUGUUCCUCUCGAUAU